AUGGCAGUCUGGCGGCGAGGCGACGGAUUUGAUGGCAGUCUGGCGGCGAGGACGAUGAUGGCGGCCGACGACGGAUUUGAUGGCAGUCUGGCGACGAGGACGAUGAUGGCGGCGCGGCGAGGAGGCUCUGUUUCAUCUCGCUCUGUUUCGGCACGAGGUGGAAUGGAACCAAGCGAAAGAGACGGCGACGGAACGAGGUGA